AUGGCUUUAAAUUUAAAUCAGUACGAAAAUUCAAUUUUAAACGUAGGUAAUUCAAUGUGCAAUAGGGAUUAUGCACAAAUGAAUAGAAAUACAACUACAACAAAUCAAUCGGUGGUGGAUGAAAAAUGUCUAAUUGUAGUUUUUGAGGAAUCAGAAUUUAAUUUCGAUGAUAUGGAUCCAGACUACGUACCUUCUAGCGCAGAAGUGGAUGAAGAUACCUCACCUGAAGGUGAAUAUUAUAAUGAUGAUACUGAAAAUAUGCAGGCAGAUAUUAAAAAUGAUCCACCGCAGACUUUAUCUUUGGCCAAAGAUACCUCAGAAAACAGAUUUGGUAUCUUAAAAUCAAACGGAGAGAUGCGAAGGUGGAGAAAACAAAUGGAUUAUUGUUUUUAUUGCGAAAGUUAUAAUCUUAACUUCGCAAGACAUGUUCAACGUAACCAUGCGGGUGAAAUAGAAGUAAAAAAAAUUAUGUGUCAACCACCAAAAAGCAAGGAAAGAAGAAACCUAUUAGACAAAUUAAGAAAAAAGGGAAAUUAUUUAAAUAGCAAUGAGGCAUGUAAACCUGUGCAACGGCUUCGCGUGGCAAAUGAACUAUUACCAUGUGAUAACUGUCUAGGUUUUUUUUCAUCAAGAUUAUUAUGGCGACAUAGAAACAAAUGCACUGGAAAGAAGACCAGGGAUCAUCAAUCGAGUGCCCAAAACAUUCUCCUUGCCAAUUUAAAGGUUGAUGCACAGUUAAGAAAAUUUGUAUUUCCAAAAAUGAGAGGUGACGAUAUUUCAUUAGUAGCAAAAUCAGAUUCGCUUAUUUGUGCAUAUGGUGCUAGAUAUAUGAAGAUUCACCGCGAAAAACAUUUUAUAAAUGUAACAUCUCGGAAAAUGAGAGAACUUGGCCGACUCCUCAUAGAAGUAAGAAAAAGGGAGCCCUCUAUCAAGUCCUUAUUUGAUGCUCUUAAACCAAAGCAUUUUGAUUUGCUUGUAGCAGCAACAAAAUCAGAAGCCAAAUAUGACAUGGAGAAGGAUAAAUACAAGUCUCCUACGUAUGCUCUAAAUAUGGGAACAACAUUAAAACAGUGUGCGGAAAUAGCCAUUAUUUUUGCCCUAAAACGUAAACAGGUGACCGAAACCAUAAAAUCUGCAGAGGCUGAGGCAGAUUUAAAAACUUUAAUUCAAGUAAUUGAAUCUCAAUGGAAAUAUGAAAUUUCAAGCCAGGCUACUAACGACUUAAACAUAAAUAAAUGGAACAAAAUUACCAUAGUUCCCCUUGCUAGUGAUAUAAAGUUGUUAAAGGAUGCUCUAGUUGCAAAAGCAAAACAGGCUGUUGAAGGACUUCAUGCAGACGUGAAUGUAAAAGAUUUUAUUAAUUUAUUAGAAACAAUUUACUGCAGACUUAUUUUAUUAAACAGAAGACGACCUGGAGAACUACAAAGACUUUCUUUAGAUUUAUAUGAACAAGCGGAAAUUAAUCACAAAUACGAGGAAUUUGAGGAUAUAAUAUCACCUUCAGAAAGAAUACUUAUACAAAAAUUUAAAAGAAUAGUGAUAAGAGGAAAGAGAGGAAGGGGUGUCCCUGUUCUUUUUAGUCCCGAUACUCAGGAACAUAUUAAUAUAUUGUUAAAAUAUCGACAUAACUUUAUAAAAGAACAAAAUUCGUAUUUAUUUGCUAAUCCGAAAACGUCACAACCUAUAUGUGGUUACAAAGUUUUAAACAAAUAUGCUGUUUCUUGUGGAGCAAAAAAUCCAGAUGCCAUUACCUCAACGAAACUUCGAAAACAUUUAGCUACCCUUACCCAAAUUUUUAGCAUGUCAGAUACUGAUUUGGAACAAUUAGCUAACUUUAUGGGCCACACAAUAGGUGUGCAUAAAAACAACUACAGGCUUCCCGAUGACGUUUACCAAACCGCCAAAAUAUCAAAAUUGUUAUUAUUAAUGGAAAGCGGUGGUGCGGCGGAAUUUAAAGGAAAACCAUUAAAUGAGAUAGAACUAAAUCUAGAUGAAGAUAUAAAUGCAGAAAACCCUCUUUCAGCCAUCAGCAGCGACAAUGAAGUUGUACCUGAAAUUUAUAAUAAAAACCUAGGUAAUAUUAAAAAAAGAGAGGCAAAUAAAACAACAGUUACUGAUAUCUGUGAAAAAAAGAAAAGACGAAUUCUUAUGCCUUGGACAGAGGAACAAAAAACAACUGUUACCAAUUACUUUUCAACUCACAUAAAAAAUAAAAAACCACCAAAAAAAUACGAAUGUGAGCUUUUAAAAAAUAAGUAUCCUGAUUUGCUACAAAAUAAAGACUGGCUAAAAAUUAAAGUUUAUAUUCAAAAUGAAUAUUCAAAGAAAAAAAAUUGA